ACAGGAUGGAAGCCCGCAGCGUUUGGACUGGAGGGAAAACUUGUUUGUUUGGAGGAAACUUUUCAGGCCGAGUUGACGCGAACCUUUGCUUUAAAUUGACGACUAACGUGGAAUUGUCUGACUUCAAUCCGCAGUUAAUGGUGGGAGUUUAAAAAAGAAAAAACAAAGAAAGGAAAAGGAACACAAGCGCCAUUCAGAAAUGUCAAGUCGAGUGGCCAACUUCACAAAAUUAAAAAUAAAUGUAUAUUUUUAAAUCGUUUUAAAGCGGACACACGGAGAGGGAGACGAGAGAGAGGAGGGGAUUGGACGGAGGAGCCCAAACUCUCCCCGCACGUCCGUCCGUUUAUGCAAAUCCGCCCCGAGCCCGAAUUAGGACACGGAGGAAUGAAACAUGGUGGCGGAGGGAGCGGGCCAACAUGGAGGCGAGACUGCCGUGAGAGCGCCGACGCCACCGACGCCGCCGCCGCUGCCGCCGUCGCCGUCGUCGCCCGCUUUGUGAAGCCCCAACUUUUUGCUCUUUCCUGGCGCGGGGGCCGUGAUGCGGUGAGGAGCGGCGACUUGGCUGGCCUUUCCGGGGACUGAGUGAGAGGAGGCGGCCGCGACGACCACGACGACGACGACGACGACGACGAAGGAAGGCGAGAAGCAACGGGGCUGGAGCCCUCCGCGAUGCCGUGGCCGGGCGGAGGCGGCGGCGGCGGCAAGCGGCGAGAGAGCUCCGAGCUCCCGCUGCCCGCCGGAUGGGAGGAAGCCCGAGACUACGACGGAAGGGUGUUCUUCAUCGACCACAACACCCGGCAAACUUCGUGGAUAGACCCGAGAGAUCGGAUCACCAAGCCGCUGACGUUCGCCGACUGCGUUGGCGACGAGCUGCCCCUCGGCUGGGAGGAGGUGUACGACCAGCAAGUGGGCGUUUACUACAUCGACCACAUCAACAAGACCACCCAGAUCGAGAACCCGCGCACCCAAUGGCGUCAGGAGCAGGAACGCAUGCUGAAGGAGUACCUGGUGGUGGCGCAGGAGGCCCUCCGGGCCAAGAAGGAGAUGUACCUGGUCAAGCAGCAGCGUCUGGAGCUGGCCCAGCGCGAGAUGCUGCUCUUCCACGAGCUCUCCGAGGACAGCCGCUCCGUUGCCGGCAGCGCUCACUCCGGCUCGUCCUCCGGCGCGAAAUACGAUCCCGACCAAAUCAAAGUGGAAGUGGCUUGUAGGCGAGAGCGGCUCACCAGACUGAAGCACGAGCUGGCCCAGGUGAGGCAGGAGCUGCAGUACAAGGAAAUGGGCGUGGAGACCCUGCAGGAGAUCGACCGCAAGAUGUCGCGCAGUCGGACCAACUACAAGCUGGACGAGGCCCAGGCCAUCUUCAGCGAGCUGCGCAGCAUCAAGAAGGCCAUCAGCGCCGGCGAGAAGGAGAGGCAGGACCUCAUCCAGAGUCUGGCCAAGCUGACGGUGAACUUCCAGAGCGGCUUUUGUGCGGGCGACGCCGCCGGGGAGGCGGUCAACAGCGGCGGCGGAUUUGGAGCGGGAGGGGCCGAGAACCAGCAGCAGUACUGCGACGCCGGCUGCCAGACGGACGUGAUGAUGGGAGAGGAAUCGUCCCACCUGGUGGACAAAGUCAAGGUCAACUGGCAGUACGAGGAGGCCAAGAAGAAGGUGCAGAGUAUCCAGCACCAGCUGGCCCAGCUGGACAGCGAGAGCUGGUCGGGCCGAGCCGAGGCCGACCGGGACCGGGACUUCGUGCAGCUUCUGCGCGAGAAGGAGGCUCUGCUGCACGACAUCAUCGCGGUCAGCAAGCAGCACAAGAAGGCUCACGGUCCCGAGGCCGACGCCGCUCCCGGCCCGGACGCCGGUCCCGGUCCCGGCACCGAUCCUGACGUGCUCCGCCAGCUGGAGGAGGAGCGCUGCCGAUUGGAGGAGGAAGUGCAGAGGGCGCACAGCUCGCAGAGUCAGGGAGCCAAUCAGAGGAUCCUGCAGCAGGAGAAGCGAAACGUGCUGCUGAGGCAGCUGGAAGAGGCCACGCGCAUCACCACCUACCUGCACUCUCAGCUCAAGAGCUUGUCCGCCAGCUCCCUGACGGUGUCGUCCAGCAGCAGCCGCGGCUCGCUGGCCUCGAGCCGCGGCUCGCUGGCGUCCAGCCGCGGCUCCCUCAGCUCCAUCAGCUUCAGCGACAUCUACGGCGUGCCGCAGUACGAGCGCCACGACGAGCCCCCGGACCCCCACCUGCGCUUCGCGCCGCCCCCGGAGGCGUACACGCCCGAGCCGGCCGCCCCCAGCAAGGCCAAGCGCUCCCACGACACCCCGCAGUCGCUGGCCUCGCUGUCCUCGCGCUCUUCGCUCUCCUCGCUGUCGCCGCCCAGCUCGCCCAUGGACACGCCGUACCACUCGACCUCCCAGGACUGCCCCCUGGCGCAGAUGACGGAGGAGUACAUGGAGCAGGCGGGACGCGGCCUGCUGGAGGGUCUGCGCGCCCAGUCGCAGUCGCAGUCGCAGCAGGACGUGGUGGUCCUCGCCGCCGCCGGCGCGCAUCCCGCAGACGCGAACCACAGAGACGGAGGCCCGCAGGGCGGGUUCAACCCCGCCGGAGUGACGCUGCGGAGCAACAACGGCGGCAGGAGCGGCAGGCGCACCCGGAGGGUCUCGGCCGGCGUCUCCGAGGACGCGCUGGCCACAGACAGCGGCGUCUUUGAGGCCUGGGGCAGGAGGGCGGAGGAUUCCGAGGAGAUCUCCUACCUGAAGGAGCAGCCGCCGCCGAGCGAGGCCACGCAGAUCCAGCUGGGACUGCUGUGGGAGUCCGCCUCGCAGUCCCUGCGCCUGCAUCUGCUCCAGCUCAAGAACCUGAGCAGAUCCGUUGUGAGGGAUGGCUACAAAGUCUUCGUGAAGGUGCACCUGAUUCCGCUGGACGUGGGCCGGGCCUGCGCCUUCUACUGCUGCGCGGCUCUGGAGCCGAAGACGCACGUGAGCUUCAACGAAGGCUUCCGCGUUCCCGUGCCCGCCAACGCCCUGGCCGGCUGCGCCCUGCAGCUGUCCCUGUGCUCGCUCGGGCCGCAGGCUCAGGAGGAGCUCCUGGGCAGAGCUCAGGUGGGCCUGGCCGAGUGCGAGGGGAGUUCAGAGAUGGUCUACCACUGGCUGAGGGUCCAAAUGUUCGGAGGGGCAGAGCCUCAGCGGGGUCAAGGUCAGCGGCGACUUCACGACGGGCCCGACGAUGAGCACAGGCCCCGAGUCCAGGAGAGCUCGUGCGGCCUGUCGUCCCGCGUUGACGCCGACCCGGACUCGGACCCGUACCCGCCGCCGAGGCUCCAGACGGAGUCCGUGGACAGCGGCUGCGGCAGCAGCGGCGCGCCGUGCGAGCGGACGCCGGCGAAGGUCGGCGCGCUGAAGGUGGAGAAGGCCACCAUGACGGAGGGGCACUUUGCGGAGGUGGUGCGGCUGCGGGGGAAAGAGAGGGGCGGCGCACGCUGGGGACACGCCGCGCCCUUCAUGCGCGGCAGCACCAUCGUCCGCUCGCAGACCUUCUCGCCUGGAGCUCGCAGUCAGUACGUCUGCAGGUUGUAUCGCAGCGACAGCGACAGCUCCACCCUACCAAAGAAGUCGCCGUUCGUCCGGAACACGCUGGAGCGGCGGACGCUGCGCUACAAGCAGCAGUCGUGCCGCUCCUCGCUGGCCGAGCGGCCCACGCGCACCUCGCUGGACCUGGAGCUGGACCUCCAGGCCUGCAGGACGCGCCAGAGGCAGCUGACCGAGGAGCUGAGCGCCCUCCGCGAGCUCAAGCUGCGUCUGGAGGAGCCGCCGCCGCCGACCCCCCAGCCCGGGGAGCCGCCCCACUGGGCCCUGAGGGACGAGCGCUUCCGCUGCCUGCUGAGGGAGGCCCACAGGCAGGCGGGUCAGAGCGAGCGGGAGCAACGGCAGGAGGAGGAACGAGGACGCAGGCUCAGGAAGGCGUCCAAAGAGCUGGCGCACAUGAGGGGGCAGGGCCACAAGGAGCCGCUCCCGGUCCACACCUUCAGAGAGAAGAUGGCUUUUUUCACCAGACCAAGGUUCCACAUCCACGUACCUCCUUUGCCGGCUGACGACGUGUGACACCCCCCCCCGCCCCAUGACAUGAAGUAUUUGUGCUACUUUCCACGCGCACGCAACUCAUGAAGAAACUUUUUCUUAUUCCUGCACGAGUGUGUCUUCCGCUUGCCACAGACGGGGAACAACAAAAAAAAAAAAGUUCUCCCCCCCCCCCAAAAAAAAAA